AUGGACGACGAACGCCGAGCGGCAAAGGAGGGCCAUGUCCGCGGCCACACUGGUUCGACACUGACAGAGGUGCAAGCCAUUGUUUCUUUCACGACGGUCUGCUAUGCGUUAUGGAAAGGCGUCGUUAAGCAUUAUCCAGGCCUGGCAAAGCCCUCCCUAGCCGGCUACAUAUUCGAACUGGGCAUCCUCUUCCUGGCCUUCGUGUUAGCCGUCACGACGGAAUGGCUAUGGGAAAUGCUAGUAGGCAUGGCAGUAACCGCGGCCGUGUUGGCCCUGCUGCCCGCCCGGGCAACAAGGAAAAAGGAGGCGGCCGUAGAGAAACCCGCCGGGCAAAGGCUGUACAUCCCGUUCCUGACUGCAUCGCGAGCGUUGCUGCAAAUGACGACGGUUGUAAGUAUCCUGGCGGUUGAUUUCCACGCCUUUCCAAGGCGGCAUGCCAAGACGGAGACGUUUGGGGCUUCGAUGAUGGACGCUGGCAUCGGCAUGUUUCUGUACAUCGCGGGAAUCAGCGCGGCCAGACCAUCAAUCACAUCGGGAGGAGGCCGGGGCUCCUACUGGACCUAUCUACGGAGAUCCCUCAAAUCAAGCGGCCUGAUCUUCUUCAUUGGGCUGAUUCGGGUCAUCUCGACAAAGAGCGUUAACUAUCAGGAACAUGUUGAGGAGUACGGCGUGCAUUGGAACUUUUACGUCACGCUCGGCUUGAUACCACUCUUCUUUGCGCUGCUUGGCGCCUCUUCGUCGGGAACGUACCUGACGGCAGUCGCAACCAUCUUGGUCAUCGCUUAUCAAACCCUCCUGGAACGCACGACCCUCCAAUCCUACAUCCUCCACGCCCCGCGCACCGAUCUCCUGAGCAUGAACCGCGAAGGCGUCUUCAGCCUUAUCGGCAGCUUCGCAGUCUUCCUCUACGCAGCAGCUUUCGGGCUCCGCAUGAAAUCGCGCUUCCAACAACAAGGCGUCGCCAGCCUGCACGGCACGUUCGUGUACCAGCUCAUCGGCACAGUCGUCUUUUAUGCCGUUACGCUGUUUUUCACGGAGGAGAGGCAUGUGGCUAUCUCAAGGCGGAUGGUCAACCUCCCCUACGUAACCUGGAUAGUCGCCCUCACGACAUCCCAACUUAUGGGCGUCCUCCUCGCCGACCUCGUGUUCGGGACACAUCAUACGCCUAACACACUUAAGGCGAUCAAUCGGAAUCCGUUUACGUUUUUCUUGGUGGGUAAUUUACUUACCGGCGCCAUCAACCUCUCCCUCGACACGCUCAGCUACGGCCCCACGGCGGCGCGCGCGAUCGUCUCCGCCUACGUGAUGGUAGUCACGGGAAUCAUCAUCGUGCUGGAUCGGUUGCGUAUCACCAUCAAAUAG